UAAACCAACGGCGUCGAAAUAGUUGCUUUUCUUCCAUGGACGGCUCCCCCACAUUUCCACCUGCUCCGCCACCUCGCCGGCGAUCUCAACUUCUCCGCCACCACCAGAUUCGUGCCCUAGUACUUACUUUCCUUGCCUACUCGGCCUUUCACGCCUCGCGCAAACCCCCCAGCAUCGUAAAGAGCGUGCUCGGCCCCGAUCCACCCAAAUCUACCUCUUCCUCCUCCGCCGCCGGUUGGCCUCCUUUCGAUGGAAAUCGCGGCCCACACCGUCUCGGCGAAGUCGACCUCGCCUUUCUAUCCUCCUACUCCGCCGGCAUGUACAUCUCCGGCCACGCUGCCGAUCGCGUCGACCUCCGCCGCUUUCUCGCCUAUGGGAUGUUCGGAAGUUGCAUCGCUACGGCCGCCUUUGGGUUUGCUUACUGGUUAGACGUUCAUCGGCUUUGGUUCUUUAUCGUUAUCCAGAUUGCGGGUGGUCUCGUACAGUCCAUCGGAUGGCCGUGCGUUGUUGCCGUGGUGACCAAUUGGUUUGGUGAUUCGUCGAGUCGGGGACUCAUUAUGGGGAUCUGGAACUCGAAUACAUCUGUCGGGAAUAUUUUUGGUUCCGUGCUCGCGUCAUGCGUGCUCAAUUUUGGUUGGGGAUGGUCGUUUAUGGUGCCGGCUGUAUUCAUUGGUCUCGCGGGGGUUUUGGUCUUGGCAUUCUUGGUGGCUCAUCCGAGAGAUCUAGCGCUGGAGAAUAUGGAUCAUGGAGUAGAGAUGAACCCUGCGGCUGAAUCUGCUGUUAUUGGUGAUGGAUUGGUGGAGAGUAUGAAUGGGGAAAACUCGCUCGUUUCUGAAGAGAUCGGGCUCCUCCAAUCCGGGCUUACUGAAGGAAAGCAUUACAGUGGCACAGAGGGAGAGGAGGAGCCUAUUGGUUUUUUUGAGGCGUGGAGGCUUCCCGGUGUGGCAUCUUAUGCUUGUUGUCUGUUCUUCGCAAAGCUCGUUGCCUACACCUUCCUCUACUGGUUGCCGUUCUAUAUUCGGCACACAGCGGUUGCCGGAAAGCAUCUCACACACCAAACCUCUGGAAUCCUCUCGACCAUUUUCGACAUUGGAGGCGUCCUCGGCGGAGUUUCAGCCGGUUUCAUCUCAGAUUGCCUCGGCGCGCGAGCAAUCACUUCAGUUAUUUUCCUUAUAUUAUCCGUUCCUUCCCUCAUUUUGUACAGAACGUGUGGAAGCAUAUCAAUGUUUUUCAACGCAGGUUUGAUGUUUCUUUCUGGAUAUUUUGUUAAUGGCCCCUAUUCCCUCAUCACCACGGCUGUUUCAGCUGAUCUUGGGACACAAGGAUUAGUUAAAGGAAGUUCUCGCGCUUUGGCUACCAUUACAGCCAUUAUUGAUGGCACUGGAUCUAUUGGUGCUGCUUUGGGUCCUCUGCUUACAGGAUAUAUCUCAACUUGGGGAUGGAACAUUGUUUUUCCUAUGUUAAUUUUUUCAAAUUUACUUGCAGUGAUGUGCCUUGCUCACAUUGCAAAAUCUGAAUUAAUUAGAAAGAAGAAGCAGGAGUUAUCUUCUACUGGCAUUGUUGCAGAGAGUAGAUAUCAAAUGGAUGCUCCGAUAGUUUUUCUGUGAAGUUUCACAUUCAGUAAGUUUAGUGCGGAGAUGGGUAUAAGCAUUGUUCAC